UUCCUCUCCUUCACCGUCAACGUUCUGAUCUCUCUCUCUCUCUCUCUCUAUAUAUAUAUAUAUAUAUACACACACACAAACACAUACACACACGGACUAUAAUGAGUGUCGGGCGAUUGUCUGAACCGUAACGAGGAGCAGAAACUCAAAGAGAAACCCUAGAAUUCUUAUCAUCGAAGCAUCGAAUCUUGACAUAAAUCCACUCAACAAAUGGUCGAAAACUGUAGCGUUAUCAUUCGUUUGAUCUGCGGAUGGUAUUGAUAAAGCACAUUCGUCGAUGCACGAGGAGAUGCAUCAUUUUUUUCCUCGCUGCUUCCGUGUUUGUUCCAAUCCUCCUCCUUUCUGGCUCGCUUAGACAAUUUGAUUCCGAAGUUUGGGAAGAACCUAUUGAAGAUUUAUCGAGUAUUAAAUAUAGAACAGAUGCUCAGAAACUUAAUACGAUGAAGAAGGAAGAAGGUGAAAGCUUGAAGGAGCCGCAAUUACUCGUGUAUAGAGGUGGAGAUUUAAGUUCUAUGGUCAGCUACGGUUCUUCAGAGGGGAGUACUAGAUCCGAACAAUCUGGAUAUGCCAAAAGCAGCACUAAAAUGUCUGGAAAUGGUACUAAUAGUGAUUCCGAGAAGGAAGAAUACCAGCAAGCACAGGUGGAGAAGCCAACAGUCACAUCAGGAAAAAAGCAGGAAAUGCUAAAAGAGAUGACAGGUCAACACAAGCAGAAUGUGUGGUCCCAGACACGAAGAGUAUUAGACAAGAAGGUAAAAGAGAUAAAAGAUCAGUUAAUCAGGGCCAAAGCAUACUUGAAAUUUGCACCACCAAGCAGUAAGUCCCAAUUAGCAAAGGAUUUGAGACUAGGGAGUAAAGAGCUAGAACAGGCUGUUGGUGAUUCAACCAAGGAUUCUGAUUUAUCUAGGAGUGUUUUGCAGAGGAUGAAAGCCAUGAAGAUCACCUUGUCCAAAGCCAACUAUUUGUACAGAGAAUGUCCUGUCAUGGCAACAAAACUACGUGCUUUGACUUGCAAUGCAGAAGAAGAGCUUCAGGCUGAGAAGAAUCAAGUGACAUUUCUUGUCCAGCUGGCUGGGAGGACCAUCCCUAAGAGUCUUCACUGCCUGGCCAUGCGGUUGACUGCUGAAUAUUUUGCCCUACAACCUUCAAAAAUGGAAUUUCCUAGCCAACCAAAAUUGCAUGAUCCAGAUCUCUUUCACUUUGCUGUCUUCUCCAACAACAUUUUGGCUUGUGCUGUUGUUGUGAACUCUACUGUUUCCAGCUCCAGCGAACCAGAGAAGAUAGUCUUCCAUGUGGUGACAGAUUCUCUCAAUCUCCCUGCAAUGUCAAUGUGGUUCUUACUAAACCCUCCUGGAAAAUCCACAAUACAGAUCCAGACUAUAGACAGUUUUGAAUGGUUGUCCAAGCAUGGUACAACCCUGCAGAAGCAGAACUCCAAUGACCCAAGAUAUGCUUCAGCACUGAAUCAUCUCCGUUUCUAUUUGCCUGAAGUUUUCCCAUUGCUGAAUAAGAUUGUGUUCCUUGAUCAUGAUGUGGUUGUGCAAAGUGACCUAGCUGGACUCUGGAGUGUCAAUAUGAAGGGGAAAGUAAAUGCAGCAGUGGAAACUUGUGAGAAAGGUGAACAUUCAUUUCGUCAGAUGGAGAUGUUUGUCAACUUUUCAGACCCUACAGUAGCAAACAAGUUUGAUCGCCGGGCAUGCUCAUGGGCAUUUGGGAUGAAUAUGUUUGAUCUUCAAGAAUGGAGGAGAGAAAAUUUGACUGGGGUAUACCAAAAAUAUCUGCAACGGGGAAGUAAGAAGCCUGACUGGGAAGCAGGUAGCUUGCCCUUAGGAUGGGUCACUUUCUACAAUCAUACUGUCAGUUUGGACAAGAAAUGGCAUGUCCUUGGGCUAGGUUAUGACUCGGAUGUCAGUCUGGCAGACAUUGAACAGGCAGCAGUGAUACACUUUGAUGGAAUUAAGAAACCCUGGUUGGACAUUGGGCUUGAGGAAUACAAGGGUUAUUGGAAGAAAUAUGUCGACUAUAAACACCCUUAUCUCCAACAGUGCAAUAUGCAUAGAUAGUCAAGUGCUGCAAUUUUGAAAGUUUGAUACAUACUUGAGCGCACAAAUUUUAAUUUUUUAUAUAUUAUUUUUUUUAUUUUUUGGGGAACCACUUGAUUCUUUCCAUUCUACCACAAUUUUCCAUGUAAAUGUCAACUUGUAAUUUUUUUUUUUUCUCAGUUUCUCUGGCCUUAAAUUUUCUAAGAGCUGAGUCAAUUGUUAGCCAUAAUCUGGAUGAAAAUAAGGAGUUCCUAGGGGGUGGUUUUACUUCUUGGCUUUUGGUGUACAUAUUUCAUUCUAUAAGUCAAACAAUAAUGUAAGAUGACGUCAUUACUGUUCUUCAAA